GCUUUCUCCCUCUCUCCUCCUCUCUCUCUGUGCUCAUCUGAAGUGUUGCUUUCUGACUGGCGACAGAGAAAUUAAUUGGAUUCUACUGCUUUAUUUUUAGCCUCACUGGAAUUUGGAGCACGCACAAAGGAAUCAAAGUGGGUUUGGAUCAAAAGCGUGAUGAAUACAGGAUCUUCAGGCUGAUUGAAAGGCAACGACUGAGAAAGAUAGCGGAUAAUCCAGGGAGAGUGUUGGACGGACGCAUGAACGGCAGAUUCUCCCGCUUUGACUCUCAGUUCAGUUACCUAAAGGAGGAUUUUUGGAGCUGAGGGACGCUGACUCGGCUAAAGCUGUUGGAACGGGCUGCACUGGGAAACAUUUCUCCUUUUUUCGGGCUCCAGUUCAGGGUGGGGAAGCAACAAGACCCACCCUGCAAGUUUCAUUCGCCUGAUUAGACAGUAAUGGACCGUCGAGGAUUGAUCACAGAGGAGACAUCAUUUGCAUGUUGAGUAGAAAUCGCUGUGGAUUUUUGAUGCAUUGGCAUCCGGACAGUGAUGCCAUGGAUUCCACCUAUGCACAGAUGUAAAGCUGUUCCUUCCAAACCAUCUCUCCCUCCCGUCUUUCUCUCUCUCCCUCUUUCUUCCCGUUGGAUGCAUCACUUCUUCUCCUCCCUUGGUUUAUCCUGCUGUGGACAUCCAGAAGUUGACCGUUGCUUCUGUUGGGCAUCUGGACUUAAGCAAGACUAAACACGGACUAACUGGUCGAUUACCCAUCAAUGCCUGCUCUCCCAUUUUUCACUGGGUGUCUCUGAGUGUGGAUUUUGUGUGCUUGUGUGUUUGUGAUUGCGUGUUUGCAUGUAUCUGCACCCCUCCCUUUCUCUCUAUCCUUGGAUUACAUAUCGGUGUAUGUGUAAUUGAGAGUGAAUUUCCGUCGGGUCCUUCUUUGCCUCUCUCUUUGUGUCUUCUUGAUGUCCCACGUCUUUUGGAACCUUUCUGGCAUGUGCUAUCGAUGCCUAGCGCAGGGUUAACCCUAAAUGAGCCAUAAAGGACGGCAGGGAAGGAUGAGCGAGUGUUCCGGAGCAGCUGUAUCCGGAGUGGUGAUCCUGGAGGAGCCUGAGGUUUCAGGGGCAACCGGGGGCCGUCGGGAGGGCCAGGCCCAGGAUCAAGGUCCCCUCCGCUGUGCCGUUUGGCCACGCCAGCAGACAUGGCUGUGUGUGGUCCCGUUACUCAUCGGUUUCAUUGGCCUUGGAUUGAGCUUGAUGCUGUUGAAAUGGAUUGUUGUUGGCACAGUGCGGGAUUAUGUGCCGACGGACUUGGUGGAUGCUAAUCGAAUAGGCCAGGAUCCUAUCUUCCUAUCCAAGCCAAGCGGGAUUCCCAAAGGUCCCGAUACUACCACAACCACGAUUACUCCCACAGCCGAUGGUGAGGACCCCACGGCUAGAACUGUAACUGUUGCUAGAGGUAGAGCUCGCUCCACCGCUACAACCACUACUAUAAACCCCCGAGGAGGUGGAGCCUCGGGGAGCCAAGUUACCCCUCGGAAUCCUGGAAAUCGUAACGGACGUGGACCUUCAGGUUUUACUACAACCACAGCGGCCCCGAGGACCACCUUCAUAAUUGGAGCGGCAACAUCUAGCCCCUCUCCGUCCAAUCCGACGGUGCUACAUGACUCUACGCAGAUGUGGACCCCGGACCAUACCACUACUGAGACCGCCUCCACUACGCUCACCACCCGUACACAUGGCCACCGCAAAGCACCGUCUCCGACCGUCCCUCCGCUGCACUCGGAGCAUUUCAAACCCUGUCAUGAGAAGGACCUGGCGUACUGCCUGAACGGCGGCGAGUGCUUUGUCAUCGAGACGCUCAGCGGGCCCCACAAGCACUGCAAGUGUCGGGAAGGCUACCAGGGAAUCCGCUGUGACCAGUUUCUGCCCAAGACCGACUCCAUCCUGUCCGACCCCAAUCACUUGGGCAUCGAGUUUAUGGAGAGCAAAGAGGUGUACAAGAGACAGGUGCUGUCACUCACAUUCAUCGCCAUGACUAUCAGCCUCCUGGGAACCCUGUGCAUGGCCCUCUACUGCCGCAACAAGAGACGCAGAGAGAAGCUCCAGGCUCAUCUGAAGGAGAGUCGCAGUCUGAAGAACUACUCUGCAAACUCCCACAACCCCCUGGAGGCCAAGCUGAAGGCCCAGAACACCAACCUGCAGAUGCACGAGUUCUGCAAACGCUCCUCGCCGCCUCGCCAGGGAAACGUGUGCGAGUCCAGCUUCGCUCACUGCAACAUCACCGCCACCGCCGGGACAGCGUCCAGCAUCUCCAGAGGCACCGCCAAACACCACAGGAGUGGCUCCUUGUCUCAGAGCCCAGAUCAGAAAACCCGGGCAGCCCAUUGGUCAGCGUCCCGCAGGACCCCGCCCAUUCCCAGGGGAAGGCUAAAUCCAAUGGGAGUGUCCAAGUUUUCAGGCCCCGCCUACCAACACCUGCAGGAAGUCGACUCCACCGAGAAGGAAGCUGAGGCACAAAGAAGCUGCCAAACACAGGGAGGGAACCAGGGCGAGGACCCCCGACGAGAUGCCCUCCUUCAUAUGCAAGCUCCUGUCCUCAUGGAGACGACGUCCCUGUCCCCUUGGAGCGGUGGCUCUGCGGUACGUUCAGGCCCAUGUGCUCCGUCCGAGCACAACGGUUCGAGUCCCGCCAACCGCAGCCUGCGGAGGCCCGGCCGCCGCCUAGGCCACUCCCCGCCUCCUCCCUUUCGCUCCUGCUCCAUCCCCAUCAUCCCGUCCGUCCAGUGUCAGCAGGACAACGAGGUGUCGUGUAUGCAAACCAGUGUCCCUCCGGGGGCCGCCGCUAAGUCCGUCCCCUGCGGAGCCACGCCCUGCAAGGACGAGAGGAGGGGGAGGUCCUCUUCUUCCUGCUCGCCCGUCAUUGGCCAGCAGCAGGACGAGGUGGCGCUGCUCCUGGAGGAGGCGCAGGAGCAGCUCAGGGCGUUGACCCAGGCUCACAGGAAGCAGGAGGAGGGCGGGGUCAGCAGCGGCGGAGUGGCGGCCAGAGAAACAGUUUGCUUCCUGAACCUUAUCGGAGGAGGCGCUGGCGUGCUGAGCUGUAACGGACCAACGCAGACCCAGCUACUCAGCCCCAGCCUAUCACACAGAGACCUGGGCCACGCCGGCCAAUGAGAGGACUCCAUUUAGGACAUUCACCUUUCGGUUUGAUAGUGUUUGACGGACUGUGGUGUUCUGUAACGGGAAUGCCUAAUUGAAAAAAAAGAUGUAAUAUGGAAAAUUGUGAAAAUAUGCCGAUGAUAUGCAUAACGUGCGGAU